AUGUCUUCAUUUUCUGUCUCCAGGCGUAUGCUAGGACGUGUGGGAGCCAACAGUCGUGGAGUCACUUUGGAGGAAGGUGUGGAGCCUUGGACUGUUUACGAGGUCAAACUGACAGCUGACACCAUGGACAACACCUCAGCCAUCUUCUUCCAGAUCAAAGAGAUAGUCACGGAUGCUCAGGCACCUGUGGUCAGAGCCGAGGAGAUCACCUUGGUCCUUCUGGUCCUCUUGCUGUGGAUUGUGGCCAUAAUCCUGUUCGUGCACAGAUGGGGCAAGAUAAGGAUGCUGGAGCCGUACCAACCGGAGUACAAGCCUCUGAACCACUCGCCCGCGUGCCCCCUCGCCCCUACCACGCCUACCCAGUCGUCGCAGCCGAGGCCCCCCAACCAGCGCCCGCUGCUGCCCCGGAAGAGUUCCUCGUUGUGCUUCACGCCGUCGAUGCUGAGAUCGGUUGAAGGGCCAGCAGCCGACGAAUCUUCACUUGGCCGCAUCUGGGGAGCAACUGAGCGCUGCCCGGUCGUGGCUGAGAGUUUCAAACAGCAUCAUACGCUAGAAGAAGGAGGAGGAGGGAGAAAAAAUAAUGAGGAAGAUUCUAAUGAAGUCCAGACAAACCAGCCAGGUGGAGGUCAUCCAGGAAUCUUGAAGGUCACUCGACCUAAUCUCACCGAGGACACUUCCCACAUGAUUCCAGGCUCCCCUCAACCCCCAAACCCCGAGUACUUUCAUUACGGCAUCGUCGGGUGA